CCAUAAAUGUAAAUGAUCAAGAGGUCUUCUGUUUCUGAUUGAAUAAUGUCUGGAGUGUGGCGCACUGGAACUAGAGCUUUCAUCAGAUUAUUAGAAAUCUGCAACAGAACCGAGUGGUGAAGAUGUGUCCAGCCCUUGGCUGAAGGCCUGCUUUCCUUGUGCCAACAAUAUGCCUAAGCAGGUAGAAGUACGAAUGCAUGAAAGCCACCUGAGCCCUGUGGAGCCAAGGCCCAAGAAUGUAUGCCUGCGGUUCUGCCAAUCACUCAGAAAAAACCUGCUCCUGUCUCUUACUGUAUUUGGUGUCAUCAUGGGUGCAUUGUGUGGGGGUCUUCUUCGCCUGGCAACUCCUAUUGAUCCUGACAUCAUCAUGUUAAUAGCCUUCCCAGGAGAUAUCCUUAUGAGGAUGUUAAAAAUGUUGAUCCUACCUUUAAUUAUAUCCAGUUUAAUCACAGGACUGUCAGGUUUGGAUGCUAAAGCUAGUGGCCGAUUGGGCACAAGAGCCAUGGUCUAUUACAUGUCCACUACUAUCAUUGCUGCUGUGCUAGGGGUGAUUCUGGUUUUAGCCAUUCACCCAGGAAAUCCAAAACUCAAGAAGCAGCUGGGAGAAGGAAAGAAAAAUGAUGAAGUAUCCAGUUUGGAUGCUUUCUUGGAUCUCAUCCGGAACCUGUUCCCUGAAAAUCUAGUCCAAGCAUGCUUCCAGCAGAUCCAAACUGUCACUAAGAAAGUGCUGGUGCCCCCACAAACUGAAGAAGCACCUAACGUCACUGACUCUGUCUUUGCUCUGAUGAACGAGACGAUGACCGAAGCACCACCAGAAGCCCAGCUGGUCAUUAAAAAGGGGCUGGAGUUUAAAGAUGGAAUGAAUGUCUUAGGCCUGAUAGGGUUCUUCAUUGCUUUUGGCGUUGCUAUGGGGAAGAUGGGAGAGCAGGCCAAAGUGAUGGUGGAUUUCUUCAGCAUCCUGAAUGAGAUUGUAAUGAAACUAGUGACUAUGAUCAUGUGGUACUCUCCUUUUGGCAUUGCCUGUCUUAUUUGUGGGAAAAUCAUUGCAAUUAAGGACUUAGAAGUGGUUGCUAGGCAACUUGGAAUGUACAUGGUAACGGUGAUCGUGGGCCUUCUCAUCCAUGGUGGGAUCUUCUUGCCUUCACUGUACUUUGUGAUAACAAGGAAAAGCCCCUUCACAUUCCUUGCUGGCAUUUUCCAGGCAUGGAUCACAGCUCUAGGCACAGCUUCCAGUGCUGGUACAUUACCUGUCACUUUCCGUUGUCUUGAAGAAAACUUGGGCAUUGAUAAGCGUGUAACAAGAUUUGUCCUGCCUGUUGGAGCAACAAUAAACAUGGAUGGGACGGCCCUUUAUGAAGCAGUUGCUGCCAUCUUCAUAGCACAGAUGAAUGGAAUUGUGUUGGAUGGUGGGCAGAUAGUCACUGUGAGUCUGACAGCCACCUUAGCAAGUGUUGGAGCUGCCAGUAUACCCAGUGCAGGACUGGUCACCAUGCUUCUCAUCCUCACCGCGGUGGGUCUCCCUACUCAGGACAUCAGUCUGCUUGUUGCUGUUGACUGGCUCUUAGACCGGAUGAGAACAUCAGUAAAUGUUGUAGGAGAUUCUUUUGGUGCUGGCAUUGUGUAUCACCUCUCCAAGGCAGAGCUGGAAAACCUGGAUUCCCAGCAUAAGGGGCAUGAAGACAUUGAAAUGACCAAGACUCAGUCAAUUUAUGAUGACAUGAAAAAUCAUAGGGAAAACAACUCAAACCAAUGUGUUUAUGCAGCUCACAACUCUGUCAUAGUAGAUGAAUGCAAGGUGACACUGGCAACCAAUGGCAAAUCUGCAGACUUCACUGUUGUUGAGGAAGAGCCUUGGAAACGUGAAAAUUAAGGAAAGCGAGUCCCAUCUCCAUCUUUAAUAAGCCCCUGAAGCUAUCUUAUGGUAAAAGAUAUCAAGAUUAAAGAAUAUUUCUCUAUUUAUUUAACAUCUAAAGUUUCUGCUUAUUUAAUUUGUUAACCGAAACUUAGCAAAGAUCUCAUAAAGUCAUUGUGGCUGCCGUGUUUUUGCCAAAUAGUGAUCCAUAACUAUCUGUCUCACUUGUACUGUUUGAAUGGAUGCAGCUGGAGAAUACUCUAUGAAUUAACAGUUAUGUUCUCACCAGCCUCUCUCUUUUGCUCAAGAUGCAGAAAAUGUAGAUGCUGCAAAAUGGAAAGAUCAAAAAGCCAGUAUGGCUUUCUCCAGGGACUCAGGGUAAUGAACAUAUAGUAUCAUAUAAACCUUAAAUUGUUCUCAGUGUCUCUUCUUGUGAUGUAUGUACAAAUCAGUACUGCAGUGUACCUUUGGUACAGACAACAUUGUGUAACUACACUAUUUAUUGUAAGUGUCUCUAAAGGUUUUCUAUAAGUUUUAUUGAUAAUUAGCAGCUGGCAUGGGGGACUCAGAAUUUUCAUCUUCCCAGGUACACUUUAAAUUAAGUGUCUCAAAUAAAUAUUUCAUUUAGAUUUUGGGGGCCAAAUUCACCCCAGGCAUAACUUUAUUAAAUUCAGUGGAGUAAAUACAAAGGGCCAGGUCCCGGGCCUUUCAGAUAGCACCAGAUUCUGAUGCUCUCUUCACAUCAAAUAGAACCUUACAGCCCAUGUAGUCCCUCUGAAACUAUUCAAGGAGAAUGAUGUUAUUCAACUUAAGGAAGGCACCAGAAUCUGUCCCCAAAUGAUUAUUGAACAUUCUUUUUGUUGAGGAUGAGCAAUUAUAUGUAAUAGGGUGUUAAAAUGUAAUGGUGCUUAGCAUACGUUGGUUUGUUAACUAAGCUAAACUAAAUGUAUAUUUAGGACACUUAAUUUGAAGUGAUAACUAUUUUUCUUCUCAAGUCCAUCUUAGAUUUGAGCCAAUGAGCUAAAUCCUGAAGUCAUUACCUGGUCAAAUUUUGCAUUGAAGUCAAUGGGAAUUUUGCCAGAGUUAGGACUGAGUGAAAAGUAAACCAGGACUUCAGGAUUCAGUCCAAUAAAUUUAAUCCUCAUCUCUCUAUUGUGAAGAAACAAUUUGUAUAAAUGUCUUUGAUGUCAGACAAGCAGUGAUUCUAGACCACAUGGCGUAUGAAUAAACAAGGCAGAGUUUUGUCGACACAGUAUAACUAAUGUAAGAUGUAGAGGUGCAAUAAUCAUUCUCUUAGGUUGUUUAAAAGGUGCUUAUUAAAAAUCAGUGCUUGUAAAGACAUAGGUGUACUCUAUUAUGAAAUUAAUAAUGUUUUACAGCAAAUCUGAGCCAGGUAGCUGUGGGAAAGUCUGCCCUCUGAACAAACCUUCUGUGAUGUGAGUGUUUCUUAAAAUGUUCUCUGAGCUGUCCAGCCUAUGAGCUUAUAAUGAACCUACCUACAAGGUGAGAUGGGAAAUGAAACACACAUGCUUCUCUCUGUCCAUGCACAGUGCAGUGCUGCCAUUGACGUAAACUGGAAUAACAUGUGUGAAUGUAGAGUUUAAACAAUAAUCCAGUCUAGUUUUGCUAAUUUGUAUUGUGUUAGCUAUUCCAAUGAAGUCACUAUGGGCCCCUGCUAGUAAGGACUACUCACCUGUUUAAUGGUUUGCAGAAUCAAACCUAUAGUCAACAUAUUCACCAUUCAAAUAUUUGUAGCUGUGCAGUAUUUUCCAUGGGAACAUUAGUGCUCUUUUGACAUCCCCUUGCUGCCUCACUAACUGAAAAGUCCUAAAGAAUUUAAUAGCUAUUAAACUACUGUGAGUUCUAUAGACAUUAUUCUGACAACCUAAAGAAUUCAAUAGAGAAUUAGUCCUUUUCUGUAGGUCUUUUGUACUGUUCUAUGGAAUUCUGUUCCAUCUUGUUCAACUUAUUUAAUGGAAAUUGUGGGUACACAGAACUUCUCAGGAUCAGGGACUUAGUCUGGAUUUGAAGAAGAGUUCACUUCCCUGAUCCCCACAGAAAGAGAUCAAUUGCCCAAGACAGCUGUAACACUCUCUAAAAUGAACUCUAACAUUUGGGCUGUUGGCUUACCUCACAUGAAAGUCACUCAGAGCUAAGUAGCAAUUGUAUAGGAUGACCAUAUUUCCAAAAGACAAAACAGGACCCCCCAGCUGCUCACCUGUGGCCCCUUUCCCCCCAUGCAAGGCUGUUCCCCGUCACAGGUACCCUGCAGGGGCCCCCUCAGGAGGCUAUUGCCAAUUGCUGGAACCUUGCUGCCCUCCACCCCCCAUGCUGGAACGCUCCCCCCCCCACACACGGGGGGCUGGCAUCUCUGCUCGCCCCCUCUGCACCGCACCCUGCUUUUUUGGACAAAAGCGGGUAUUUGUCCCAUUUGCUCUUGCCAGCUGGUCAAGUCAGCAAGAGCAAACGGGAUAAAUGCCUCCUUUUUUUAAAAAAAAAAAAAGUCGGGACAGCCAGGACAGGACUUAAAAAAGGAUCUGUCCCAGCCAAAACGGAACGUAUGAUCACCCUACAAUUAUACCAGACUAGAACAUAGUGUUUGUUAUAGUGUAGAGCUUGGGUUCUCAAAGGUUUUCAUAGCCUGGCCCAUAUUUUAGAGAGGUGGUCUCCUAAACCACUUCCAUCCUAUUCAUAAUAAUCUAACUUCCCUGUGGCAGCUACAGCAAUUGCCUACAGAGAAAGGUAACAUUAGGAAAGUGUUUAGUGUAUUUUUAGCUAUCUUUUAAAGCAAUAUGAUAGCUGGAAACAGGUAGGAGAGCCAGCACCAUGUGACUAAGCUGCUCCACACAGUUACCUAUUGAGAAACACUGUUUCAGACAUCCUUCCUUACACUUAUCUGCUUUGGACAUAUUGCCCUUUAAAAAGUGAUUCUUCAGAUGGGACUAGAGGAGGAGGAGGUGAAAAUCUAGAGUAACUCCACUCACGUACAGAGAGCAAAUUUGGGGCUUUAGUUUUGACUAAAAAAGCAGACUGUAGGACUUUUAAGUAAGACUUUAUAGUUUCAGUAACUCAGGGAACUUUCAAAGAUAAUUACAAUGUCAUUCUUCUACUUAUAAUAUAGAAAUGUGCUACUUAUGGGAAACACUUUGGCUAUCUCCCAGGCUGAAUUCUCCCAUGUAAUAUUUAAUGUGAAGCUACUCUGGCACAGUACUGAAUUUAACCAUCAAAAAGCUUUCCAUUUCUUGGGGGAAAAUGUAACUCAUACUUGGCUUGCAGUUGGUAAUUUGCUCAUUCCACAUGAGGCUGGGUUGCUGCUUAACUAAACAAACAAGAAAAAAACCCAGGAAAUGGCCACUCGAGCUAAUGCAAGUUUCACAUUUGAGUGGAUAAUGCUUGUCACUGUCACAUCGUCCUUUAGUCUCAUUAUUUUGCAUCUGGCCUUCAGUGUUCUCUUCCUUUACUCAUUUCCCCAUUGUUUGGAUGGCAAAACUCAAGGAUGAGCACAGGAGAAAGCAGUACACACGCCCUUGAGUUAUUUCCAUGUGAACUGAAGUUCCCUUCUCCAGUCAUUUUCUUUGCUCUGCUCUCAGCUAGUCCCUUGCUGCUUACACAAGUAUGAUAUAUAUGUGCCCUCUAGAAUACUGACAUCAUCAGUGGAAUAUGGAAAGCCUUGAUCCUGGUAAGCAUCCUUAGUCAGGAAAGCAUUUAAGCUCAUGGUUAAAAUUUAGCAGCACAUGCUUUUCUGAAUAGGACUGUAGUUAAGCACCUGCUUGAGAACUUUGCUGAAUGAGGGCCAUGACUCUGUUAGGGUUUGUUCUGGUGCUAGCCUUCAAGGCCCAGUGCACAUUAUAGUUAACUUGGGGAAACAGUUUGCUUCUGAACUUGUUCCUUCUUCUGUACUCCUCCAGAAAAACAAAGACUGCACCAGCACUUUGUAUAAAACAAGAAGUUUGCACAGGUCUCAUGCAUUAAGAUGCCCCUAUAUUUAUGCCAAUUAGACAGUGUUACAAUAAGGGCCCCUGUCAUUUAAAACUGAGAGACUAUUUUUGUUUCUUUGGAAAACAGGGACUGUGCCUGCAAGAUGCUGACCACUCUGAAUUCCCUUUGGGAAUUGAGGAUUUAUGCUUCCUUCCAGGAAACACUUAGCAACUGGCUGCCUGAACACAGCCUGAUCAACCCAACUAUAUGCACUAAAAACUCCCAUUAAUUUUAAGAUGGAGAAGGAUUAUUAUUUUUCAUCCUUCACCAUUCCAGAGCAGUUGCUAUUAAUACAUUGUCUGUUCUUAAUGCUAGCUGGAGACUUUGACCCCGGUCCUACAUUGUUGGAAAGCAAUUGGGGUUUCAUCAUUGAUUUCAGUGGGAGCAGGAUCAGAGCCUGUACUUCAUGUUGAGGCCCAUGCUGUCUUAUUUGAAAUGGUCUGUUUUCAAUUUCUGUACAUAUAGCAAUCUCAGUCAUUUAUAAUUAUAAAUACACCAUCAUUCCUCCACCUGCAAAGACCAAAAUAUAGGCCACAACAUGAGAGAGAGAAGAAAAUCAAUGUAUGCUGUAAGCUAAAAUAAUGAGGAAUUAAUUCAUUCAUAAAUAGGGCUAUUGUGGGAGCUUGUUUUGUCAAUGCUGGCAGGUAAGCCACAGACAAUAAUAUGGAUUCUGAUUAAAUUGACUGAAUGGUCUGUGUUGUCAGCUUUUGAAAGCUUUUUAAACUCUUGCAAUAUAGAAGACUCUAAGAAGGGUCAAGGUUCAACAGUGGCCCCUCCCACCUCCUUCAGCCAAUGGAAACAGACUGUGCAAUUCCUUCUGCCUGAUCCCAGUGAAUGAUCUUUUCUUGGUUCUCUAGCUGACGAUGCCCCCCCCAUCCAAAAGGUCUCUGCCAACAUGCCAUAAAGGAAAAUCACUUCCCAUUCCCAAAUCCAGCAGUGUGUUUAAACCUCUGCCUCUGAAUUCAGAUCACUGUCAUUAAACUUCUGAUCUGUUUAUACCCCGAGAUAUAGCUAGUGUCCAUUUUUGUCUAAAAUCCUAGUAAAUGGACUCUGCCAACACCUCUGGGAACACAGAAUUCCAAACACUAUGGGGUUUUAAAGAUCCUUGAGCAGUAUAGAUUUCUGAUUUGUUUUCCAAGUAUUGGUAUCAUCAGUCCUUGGGUUGGUACUUUGAUGGAUACCGAUGUUUAGCAGAGCAAACUACUUGUCUUAUAAAUAGAAGCAGCAGCAAAAAACAACAGAGCUCAAAUUAAUUUACUCUGGCAACUGCCUAUAUUUUCUUUGCUUUCCCAGCCUCAUGCUGUUAUAUGAUUCCUGUUGUAGCAGCUCAGCAGCAAUCAAACAGUUUUCUGAAAACAGCAUCAGUUGCCAAUCUAGCCUCUGACUUCUACAGCCUCUUGUAAUGCCUUUAGAAAGGCUUUGAUCUUUAGUACCAGGCCUGAAAAACCCUAUUAUGAAUAUUUAAAGUACAUCUCCUGCUCAUCAGAUUAAGUCCCAUUUGUUCCAUUUUUGUUUAUUGCAUUUGGCACCUUAUAAAAAUAUACUGCAGUAUUCUACUGUACCGAGCCAGAAGACUACAGUUGAUCAUAUUACUGUGACUUCUUGGGCCAUUACUGUAAUAUUUGUCUUGUGCGUUAUUGUCAUAAGCAUAUAGCACAUUGGGACAAAUUCUUCUCUGGUGUAACUCUACUGAUCCGAAUGGAGUUACGCCAGGGAUCAAUUCUGCUGCUGCUGCAGUAGCAUGAUCAUUAUUUUUAGGCCAUCUUAUAAUGUUGUGUUGAAACUACUGCUACACAUAGAAUGUAUUAUGAAAAACAUAGCUUUGAGAGUGAUCUUUUCCAGUCAAGCUGAUGAUGUUGAAGAAAAGACUUUUAUCUAGUUUUGUGUCGCAGACGAGUGAUGUACAGAUUAUAGCUAUAGCCAUUACAAAAAGCAACUUCCCUGCACAACAAUGUUAUAGAGUAAGGGAAGGGAGGAUAAGGAGGAAAUGUGAAACAAAUUUGCUGAACUUUGCCCUGAGACAGUGUUCCAGAAGUGUUAAAUUCUUGCCCAAUAUUCACCAGAAGCAAUAUUUUGUAACAUACAUUUUUCACCUCUCCCGUAAUCUUGCAUUCCCCCUACACACACACACCGGCAGGGACCAGUCCUGCAGUUCUCAGGCAGACUCUGCCAUCCUGGUAUUUCUUAGGCAAAACUUCCACUAAAGUCAAUGGGAGCUGUGCCAGAGAGAGGCCUGCAGAAUUGGGUCCACACUGAUAGUUAUCCUUUGCUUCCCCCUAUUUCUUCCUAGGCUCUUGUUUGAUAUUGAAUUGAAAUCUGUUGCUGUAAUGAGCCACAGUGCUGCUACUUUUCACUAAUGCCCAGGCACUGAGAACUUGUUUAUCUGUGGAAUGCAUGGGUUUAGUGACACAAGACUCUUUAGAACCAAUCCCCAGUGUUUCCUCCUACCCAAGAGACAUCUUCAUCUGGUAAGUUGAAACCUGACACCUAUCUGCUACCCACAGUUACAAUUCCUAAUGGAUAUGGCAGUAAUGCAUUUAAAGCCAUGGUCCUUUAUAAACCCUGAGCUCCAUAUGGUAACAUUGUUUAAGCAUACUGUUGAGGCACUGCAUAGGUUUUCUGCUAGUUAAAGAUGCCACUCACCAAUGUGCUAAUGAAGGGUUUGGAGAGGCAGGGAGGCAUGAUAUUUCUUACAUCACCCAGCUUUUUGGUUUAUUUCCCCAAAUCACCUAUUUGUCUAUCUAGGUUCUUAUAUAGAUAUGUCACCUGCCGUUGUUGGAGUAUUUAAUGCUUCUGGUUUGAUUUUUGUAACUAAAGAUAGGACCGAGAGUCUUCAAUAUUUUCAAGAAAUACUCUGAGACAUACACCUUUACAUAGAGAGGAAACUUAUAAAAUUGUGUUUGAUAGAUAGCACCACAUAGCCUAGAUGGUCUAAUUACUGCAUAGAACUUUGUACAUAAAUAGGAUACUUCAUGGGGAUUUUUGUAUCGUUCUUUUCUAUUUGUUUUCUACAGUUUUGGAAGACCAUUUGCAAAGCAUAUUUACAAACAGAUUUUGCAGUCAGUAUUGUAGAUUCAAGUAUUCCCAUUUUUGGCUUCAUGUAGGCUCGUAAGUUCUCAUGUACUGCAGGUUGUCUUUCCUCCUUAAAGAAUAUUGCAACAAAAAUGUAUAGACUUCUUUCCAACCUAUCCUGCUUGCUUUCUUAAUGUAGCCAGUUUAUACUCUAGUGUGAACUGUAAUUUAUAGAAUGCAUGAGAAAAGAAUUACACGUGUAAUUACACUUGUUAAAUAUGGUAUGCUCAAAACUGAUUCAGCCAUUAAUACAGAUUUUGUGGGUGUGUACCUGUUCUCCAGAAACCAGAAAGAACUACAAUGUAGAUGGAAUUAAAUUACUUAGUAUCUGUAAUUUACAGACACACAAAUAUUUUCUUACAAUAUUUUAUAUAUGACCAUAUAAGAUAAGGGAAAAAAUUCUUACAGGUGAUCCAUACCUUAGAGCAAAACCAGUUUUCUAACAGCAUUUUAGGAUUAAUAUUUUUUUUCUGUAUUUUGUUUAAUGAACUAAGAAAAGCAAUUUAGUGAUGAAUUAUAAGCAAAGCACAAAAUGCAAUAGGAAUUAAGAAUUUUGAGGUGUCCUUAAAUGCUGCAGUUCACUAUGGAACACUGUAUUAUUAUAUCCUAAACAAUCUUCUAGAUUGACAGUUUUAUGGAUUUCUCAUCCCUUAAUUGUGACAUUUGGCUUGGUUUUACCUGGGCCAAACCCUUAGUUGUUUCUCAGGGUCAGAUCCUGAAUAACUGAUUUACCCACAACUCUUAGGUCAGGGUCAGCAACGUUGGCACGCGGCUCACCAGGGUAAGCACCCUGGCGGGCCGGGCCAGUUUUAUU